UAGUUCACCGAUUUCAUCUGAGCGAAAGUGAGAUGUGCACGUUCUUUUCUGCGCUCUCUCUCUCUCUCUCUCUCUCUCUCUCUCUUACAUUAUUAGGACACGCAGGCUAUACAAUGCUGAGUACAGAUCCAUCUAACACCACUGUUUAAUCUUUGAAUUUCAUUAUAGGUUCUUUCUUUCUCUCUCUCUCUCACCCGGAAGUUUCUUAUUUUACUCCCAAGAAAAACUGUGGUCUUUGUUCGAAAUCCAACAUCUCAUCUGGGUCUACUCUAAUUUCAUGCAUUGGGGGUAAAAAGUUCAGAAUUGCUUUUCUUCUCAACGUUGGGCGAUUUCUGAGCCAGUGCGGAUCCCGUGCGGCAUUGCCUUUGAAGGUGCGUAAACAAAGGUUUGAGCAACCCAAGAAGCAAGACAGUUAAAGUAAGGAGUAAGAGUUUUGUUUGCUUGCUUUCCCCCCCCCCCCCCCACCCCUAAAAGCAUUAGGGGGUUUAAUAAUGGCUGCAGUUAAAGAAUAUAGAAAUCAUAGAGAGGAGAAAAGAAUGGUUAUAAAUCUCGUCCGCAAGUACUGAGAUGAGUUCACGUGAAGGAUACGCUGUAAAUGUCGGUGAGCUUGGCGAGCAUAGUGCCCGAGAAACGAUGCCCACUCCACUCCAUUGGGUGACUUCACAAAGCUCUCACCAGUGGACCUUUCACCUUAAAUGCGACACUUCCAUCCAAGCUGGUCGUGGGCAGAGUUGAGCUUCCUUCACUUUUACUGCAGUGCUGCUGUUUUCUUUACUUCGCCGGCGCCGCAUAUAGAUCGGGUCGGGAAUAAAAGAAAAGAGAAAAAGCGGGUUGAAAAUGACUCGUUGGCGCCUUGUUUUUGUCUUUGGACUGGAUGUGAUUGAUGGUGGGAGCAGAUUUGUACCGUGCGGGGUUUGGAAAGUGCUCGAGUGAAAAUAAAAAAGUGCCAGGAAAAGGGGAUUGAAUUGAAGAAUCUGUAUAUGAACUUGAAAGAUUCGAGCUUUUCCUCUGGAGGUGCUCCAAUCAAUGUCGCUCUCUCUGGACACUAAAUCAAACAAUCUCAGGCGAAAAGAUUUCUUGCAUUGAUUGCUUACUCUAGAGAAAGGUGUUGUCCUCAUGGAGCCCCCCGUUUCAAGGCACUUGUUGUCGUUGCUGCUGCUGUUUCUCUCCGCACUGCUCUCUCUUCCCUGUCCCGUGAGAUCGGGGGACGCCGAAGCACUCUUGACGCUAAAAUCAGGCAUCGACGUCUCAAACUCGCUGCCAUGGAAGCCCAGCGCCCGCGUGUGCAACUGGAAAGGGGUGAAAGAGUGCAUGAACGGGAGGGUUACAAAGCUGGUGUUGGAGUACCUCAACUUCACCGGAGUUUUGGAUCACAAGGCCCUCAACCAGCUCGACCAACUCCGCGUCCUCAGUUUUAAGGGGAACUCCCUCUCCGCCCAAAUCCCCGACCUCUCCGGCCUCCUCAAUCUCAAAUCCCUCUUCCUCAACGACAACAACUUCUCCGGCGACUUUCCCGCCUCCAUCUCCAGCCUCCACCGCCUGAAAGUCGUCGACCUCUCCGGGAAUCAGAUCUCAGGCCAGAUUCCGGUCUCUCUUCUCAGACUUAGGCGACUGUACGUGCUCCAUUUGCAGGAAAACAGACUGACAGGCACAGUCCCUCCUCUCAACCAAAACAGUCUCCGAUUCUUCAAUGUGUCCAAUAACCAGCUGUCCGGGGAGAUCCCGCUGACCCCGACUCUGGUCCGGUUCAAUGCGUCGUCGUUUUCAGGGAAUGUGGAUCUUUGCGGGGAACAGAUAGAUAGUCCCUGUGGAAGCCCCGGGGUGGGGUUUGGGUUUCCACCCGCAAUGAGUCCUCACAGUUAUCCGCGGUCCAAGUCGUCGUCCUCAUCGAACCGCGCGAAAUUGACGAAGAUAAUUGCAGGGAGCGUGGGAGGGUCUGCGGCGCUGUUGGUGUGUGUGGUGUUGUUAUGGAUGUGUUGCAGGAAGCGCCGGAGGCCGAAGGAGGACGUGUCGAGGAACAAGGGAGUAGUGGGAGUGGAGACAGGAGAGGACGGGGCAGGAGGGAGUGGUGGCAGGGGAAGUAAUAACGCAGGGAAACCAGGGGGGUUUUCAUGGGAAGGCGAGGGACUAGGGAGCUUGGUGUUGUGCGGAGCAGGGGAUCAGCAAAUGGGCUAUGGGCUGGAGGAUUUGUUGAAGGCGUCGGCGGAGACGCUGGGGAGGGGUAGCAUGGGAAGUACCUACAAGGCGGUAAUGGAGUCCGGGUAUAUAGUGACGGUGAAGAGGCUCAAGGACGCAAGGUACCCGACGCUGGAGGAGUUCAGGAGACACAUGCAGGUUCUUGGGACCCUCACCCACCCUAACCUGGUCUCGCUCAGGGCCUAUUUCCAGGCCAAGGAGGAGCGCCUACUCGUCUACGAUUACUUCCCCAAUGGGAGUCUCUUCUCUCUCAUUCACGGAACAAGAGCUUCAGGUGGUGGAAAGCCUCUUCAUUGGACAUCAUGCCUUAAAAUAGCUGAGGACCUGGCAACUGGUCUACUUUAUAUCCACCAGAACCCUGGCUUAACCCAUGGAAACCUGAAAUCCUCGAAUGUCUUGUUAGGUUCCGACUUUGAGUCCUGCCUUACAGAUUAUGGUCUUGCUUCAUUCCGGGAUCCUGACUCAUUUGAAGAACCCAGUGCUACUUCUCUUUUCUAUAGAGCGCCAGAAUGUCGUGACAUUCGGGUGCCAUCUACCCAACAAGCAGAUGUCUACAGCUUUGGUGUACUUCUCUUGGAACUUCUAACUGGCAAAACACCCUUCCAGGACCUUGUUCAGGAACAUGGUUCAGAUAUUCCUAGGUGGGUCCGGUCAGUCCGUGAAGAAGAGACAGAGUCAGGGGAUGAGCCCGCUUCCAGUAAUGAGACAUCUGAGGAGAAACUUCAGGCUCUCUUGAACAUUGCAAUGGCUUGUGUCUCACUUGCACCAGAGAACCGGCCUACAAUGAGAGAGAUUUUAAAGAUGAUCAGAGAUGCAAGGGCAGAGGUUCAAGUGUCAUCCAACAGUAGUGAUCAUUCACCGGGAAGAUGGUCAGAUACUGUUCAGAGCUUGCCUAGGGAAGAGCAUUUGAACAUUUGAGUGGAUAGCAAACUUGGCGGCUUAAAAUCAUGAGUUCCGAUUUUUUUUUGUUCUUUUUUCUUCUUAAUUGAAUUGUGAUUCUUCAACUAGGCAUUGUAGAGUGCACCAGUGUAAAGGUUUUGUUUUGAUCUUUUCAGCUAGUUAGCAGCUAACAUUUAUGAUUUUAUUAUCUAGUGAGUUGGACGGUUAAGCACUUGUAGUGAACUCACCAAAGUUUAGUCAGAUUUUGGCU